CGAGAAAAAACGCCAGUUUUUAAGAUUAUUUAACAAUUAGUCUUCGUCAGAACUAUAAUCGGAACAUAAUAAUGCAAAUUUAAUUAAUUUUUUCCCACAAUAUUUUUUUUCGCCGGUUGUAUUGGCACACCUGUCAAUUGCGAGACGUAGCGUUUCUUAUAACCUUAAAGUUACUUCGCCCAAACAAACAAAAAAUGGGCUCAAAGAAGAAGAAGCGCGUUUCCAGCAGCUCCAGUUCAUCAGAUUCAAGCAGCGAAAGCUCCGAUUCAUCACCCGAACGGCGCCCGAAACGUAAAAGCAAGAAAACCGAAUCGAAACCUGAGACUGAAGAAUCGCCGAAGAAAACCAAAACGAAGGCAAACUCGCAUAAAAAACACGAAACUCCGCCUGUGGCAAGUGACGAGGCGAAUAAACAGGCAAAAAAGAGGGACAAAAAGCCAACAAAUGAGGAAGAAACCGACAGGAAACGCAAGCGGAGUCCUGUGCCUGAAAAUCGGGACAGGCGGGAGAGGGACGAUAAGAGGGUCCGGGACGAUCGGGGGCGGCAUGACGACAGGAGAAACCGCCCCAAUGACCACCGUUCUCACGAUAACAGGUUCAGAAACCGGCGUCCUGAUUACAGAGACAGGGAACGGGAUUACAGGAACCGACGGGACGAUAACAAAAAUUACCACAACCGGGAGCGAAACAGAGAGAACCAUCCAAGGCGGCGUAGCAGAAGCGCCUCCUUUGACCACUCGAACGCCCGUUGGGGCCGCGAGUCGGACGACAAAAAAUCCGACAAGAAGGAAAAAGACCAGAAGGAAAAGCAAAAACCGAAUUUCGGUCUUUCGGGAAAACUUACCGAAGAAACUAACACUUAUCGUGGCGUUGUUAUAAAAUAUAGCGAGCCGCCUGAGGCUUGCAAGCCGAAACGUCGGUGGCGGUUGUACCCUUUUAAGGGCGAAAAGGCCCUUCAGACUUUAUACAUACAUCGCGAAAGCGCCUACUUGAUUGGGCGCGAUCGCAAAGUUGUUGAUCUCCCUGUAGAUCACCCUUCGUGCUCAAAACAACACGCAGCUUUGCAGUAUCGCCUAGUCCCUUUCACGCGUGAGGAUGGCACCACUGGGAAGAGAAUAAGGCCGUAUUUGAUUGAUUUGAACUCGGCUAAUGGGACUUUUAUCAAUAAUAAGAAGAUAGAGCCGAGUAAAUAUGUGGAGUUGUUGGAGAAAGACGUGAUCAAGUUUGGGUUCAGCUCAAGGGAGUACGUUUUAUUGCAUGAGAAUAGUAAAGAUGAGACACAGGAUGACGAUGUGAAGCAGGAAGAGCCGGCGGUUCAAGUCAAGAGUGAAGAGAAUUGAAUUUUGUGUAUAUAUUUUAAUUUAGCUUAGGUUUCUUUCAAUAAAGUAAUUUUUUCGAUUAAAA